UCUGCGCCUUCAACCAGUUAUUCAUGACAGACGUCCCCGACCACUGGUGCAAAGUUUCUGAACUAGAACCUCUCAAUUUUACAAGAGAACAACGUAAAAUUCUAUCAAUUCCACGAAAGGUGAACAGAUACCAAGAUAACAUAACCUUCGAAAAAUGUUCACGAUACGCUGUAAACUGGAAGGAAAUAAUAAAGAUGGGUGGAGUUGUACAAGUUAACGAAAGUUGGCCCACUGAAAAUUGUGUUGAAGGUUACGAAUACGAUACAUCCGAAGUAAUAUCGUCCGUUGUAAUUGAUUUUGAUCUAGUGUGCGAGUAUGAUGUGUACCCAACUCUCGGUUUAGUCGCUCUAAACAUCGGUGGACCCGUUGGAGUUUACACAUUCGGCCUUUUGAAUGAUCGAAUAGGACGCAAGAAAUCUUUCUUCUUAUGUCUAAGCACACUCCUCCUUGGAAGCUUAAUGACAGCAUAUGCCCACGAGUUCUGGUUCUGGACAUUGGCCCGUGUCAUUGUAGGCCUAACUAUCCCCGCUGUGUACCAGAUUCCUUUUAUUAUUUCUUUAGAACUAGCCGGCCCAAACUACAGAUCUUUUGUCACCGUGAUGACAUGCAUAUUUUACACAUUGGGCUUGAUAUUGUUAUCAGCCGUCACAUACCUACUACGAGACUGGAGAAGCCUCGCCCUAGCAACAUCAGUACCGUUCUUUUUCUAUUAUCUUUAUUGGUUCGUACUGCCGGAGUCCCCUCGAUGGCUUCUUAUGCGUGAAAGACUUGAAGAGGCUAAUAAUGUUCUAAAAACUAUAGCAAAAGUAAAUGGAAAAGAACUCCCCGAAGAGUAUACGAAUAAACUUCAAAAGCAAGUUAUAGAACAAAAAGAAAGAGGAGUGACAGAAGCUAAAUCUGUGAGUGUGUUUGCUCUAUGUCGUACUCCCAACAUGAGGCUCAAAACAUUUCUGAUUACACUAAACUGGUGCGCCUCAGAGAUGGUGUAUGUCGGUCUGAGCUACUAUGGCCCGGCUAUCGGUGACAAUCAGUACAUGAGCUUUUUCCUUUCAUCUGCGGUAGAAAUACCAAGCUAUCUAGUCUGUUGGGUACUGAUGGAUCGCAUCGGACGAAGAUGGCCACUUUGUUUAUCAAUGGUUAUAAGUGGAAUAUUUUGCAUUGUCACCGUACUACUCCCAAGUGAUGCUCGAACGGAAACCCUAAUCCUCUAUUUAAUAUCCAAGUGUUUUAUAUCUGCGUCCUUCUUGUUAAUAUACCCUUAUGCCGGAGAAUUGUACCCGACGGAAUUGAGAGGAGUCGGUAUCGGAACAUCGGCAUACAUUGGCGGCUUGGGUUUAAUUAUAAUACCUUUUAUAAACUACUUGGGCUCAAGUAACUUGGUACUGCCUCUGGUAGUGAUGGGAGCUGUAUCCGUCGUAGGAGGUCUGAGUGCUCUCAGGUUACCUGAGACCUUGCACACGUCACUUCCACAAACUGCUGAAGAAGGUGAAGAGUUUGGCAAGGACUGGUCUUACGCUGACUGCAUGAAUUGUGGCGAUCCAAGAAAAAUAUCUGUUGCGGAUUCGUAUGAAAACUUAGAUCAACUCGAAUUAACACAAGCACCGUUGGUUGAAGAUGAUGUUCCAGAAAUACCCGACAUACGGCGCAGUUCAAUGCGAAAACUGGUUCGACAGUCCAGCAUCGUCGAAACACAGCGAGAUAUUGACGGCAAUAUCAAAAUGACUUACUGGUUUUAGAAAACCUAAUAUUGAUAUCUGUACUUAUAAAUCAAUAAAAUUUAAUUUUAAGACA